CCUCCUAGACUGUUGUGAUUAAAGACAUGUACCACCAAGCCCAACUUCUGGAAGUUUUUUUCAAGUAGUUGAUAGGGUCCCAGUUAACUCUGGGGAGUGGCCUAAAAUCAGGAGAGAUCAGUUUGUGGAUUGUUACUAGAGGUGCAAGUUGAAGGUGGUAGACAGAGCAGAGAAGGGGCCAUCUUUUGAGACGCCUAGAGAAGAACUCAUGGGGCUGGAUGGCAGUUUGGAUGUGAGGAAUGAGGGCAUCAUUCAGGCAUCUGUGAUGAAUAAUAUGGCAGAGACUAGGUGCUUCCCUAGGUACCUCCUAGCCUGGCCAUUCUGCCCUGGGACUCCUGGUUCAGGGGCUCCACCUGUGGAUACUGCCCAGCCCUAGCUGUCCGUCCUCUAGUUACUCCCAGACUUUGGCGCUCUUCCCAUUGCCAUGCCUCCUUCAGGCUGCCCAGCCCUAGGUGGCUCUCUUCCAGGCCAUUUCCUGAUUCAGGGGGUCCUGCUUGGGGUAGUCCCAGGUGUGAGCCUCCACAUGGGGACAGAGUGCCCCCCCAUGGGUAGAGGUGAGUGCACAGGGAUUGGCUGAAAGGGCUGAUGCUUGAGGUGUGGGGGCAGUGGCUCCCAACUCAGAAGCACAUGGGCGGGGCUGCCUUGGCUGUUUGGGGCCCUACGGGGAGGUGGGGUGGGAAGGGUAAUUUGCUUCCUCCUCCUCCUGUGGUCUGCUCUGUGGCUGGGUAGCUCCAAACAACUGCUGUUGCGCAACCUUUGGGAACUAGGAUCUGCCUCUGCCCUUAUUCCCUGUCCUCACCCCUUCACCUCCAGCAAUGUAGCUGACUGGACUCUAGUGUCAGACACAGUCCUGGGUUCAAAUCCUGAGGUUUUACUGGAGUCAUUUCACCUUUCUGAGCCUCAGCACCCUCAUCUAUAAGAACUUGUGCCCUAGGGUUGCUUGGCCUCUCGAGGUCUUCCUGGAGCCAGGGCUUUUUCUGACAGAGGUUGAGGUUGAGGCUCACUGAUGUCAUCAGUCCCCUUCACGAGUGAGUCAAAUGAAACCCAUAUGGGGUCCUCAGAGCUUCCCACAGCAUCGGCCAUGGCCCCUGGACCGGGCACUGCAGGCCGGGCAUGGCCUGUGCUGGUAGGGGUUGUGCUGGGGGCUGUGGUCCUCUCUGUCAUCAUUGCACUUGCUGCCAAAUGCCACCUGUGCCGUCGAUACCGCGCCAGCUUCCAGCACCACCAGCUGACCAGGACGGGGAGUGAGAACCACCCCGAGAUCGGUGAAGAGGAUGACGAUGGCUUCAUCGAGGACAAUUACAUUCAGCCUGGGGCUGGCGAACUGGAGACAGAGGGGAGCAGGGACCACUUCCCUCUCUGAGGCCUAAUCUUUGGACACUCACCCUUCCUUCUGUGCCUCAAGUAUAAGGACGGGAUGCUGUGCUGCAGCUGCAGACCUCAGGGACAAGGUGGCUAAGGUGUGACUGGGGUGGAGCAAUCCCCCGUUCCUGACGCUAGCCACCAAAGUGACAGUGACCCUCUCGACUCAUAACUCCCCAUGGCUCCCUCCUGUUGCUAGGAGAAAGCCUAAUCAUCACAAGAA